CGCGCGCUCGCCGGCUCGCCUCUCAGUGGCUCACAAGUCGCCGCGUCGCGCGCUCCGCUCGCAGCCGCUCUGCCCACGCGCACCACCGCACGAACAAAACCGAACGCGCUCGUAAUUCAAAACCACCGCCGAUCAUAUUGCAACAAGAUAAAAAAAAAUAUAACACAUCAAUAGAAGUUGUCAAUGAAAUAAUUUCCUUAAAAAUCGAAUAAAACGAACACGUGUUUUUAUAAGUUGGCGCGAAUAGAAUACGGUGUUGGCCGUACCGUACCACGUUUUUCUUUACGGGCGAAUAAAUAUUAUUAUAUAUUGGCAGUCGCGCCCGCCACCGCCGAGAAAUUUCACUUUUUACUACUUAGUGAGGUCCUGAUCGUUCGUCUAUGGUUUUGGAGGCUGCAAUCUGCGCUGAAUGGAACAUUGACCUGAAUCGAUUAUCAUGCAACUUCACCAAAGCGGGAGACAAAUCAUUCUAUCGUCUAACUACAAACAUAAGUGUAAUCUGUGAUAGAAGCUCGCUCGUAAUCUCUAUUAUCUAGAGAAUAGUGAUAAUCUAAGAAGUUGAAAGUGCGAAGGUGGUAUGUUUAGGUCAAAGUGACUUUAACCAAAGGGCAGGAUACCCUACGAGGACUUUAACGAUGGGUGUCAGUGAUUGUUUGGUGUUCAGGAAGAUGGACGUUAGACACGCGAUGUUUAAACUAAUGCUUUUUCAAAUUUUGGUGGCGUGGUGCAGCGCGAAGCAUGUGACGAUACCGAGAGUGGAAAUUCUAACUAACGAUAUAGAGAAAGAUGUCCAGGAUAGCAUAAGAAAUAUUCACACCGGUAUUUACUCACACAAACACCUGGACGCAUCACAAGUGGAGGUGGUGACCCCUGUCAAAGUGACGCGAGAGGGGUCACUGGUGUCCCACGCGGUGGACCACUCGCACGAGCAUGGGCACGCGCGCGCCAGGCGGGACCUCGGCAGCAAGGACCACGGCUUACCGCACUCACUACACUACAACCUCACCGUCGGCGGCAGGGAUCUCCGACUCGACUUGCGGCCGUCGGUGUCAUUCAUAACGCCGGCGUUGAUCGUGGAGCGACACAGAGCGGACGGGCGAACGCGCGACCGGCCGCACCCAGACGCCACCGGCUGCCACUACACCGGCACGGUGCGCGGCCAGCCUGCGUCCAGUAUAGCACUCUCUGCGUGUGACGGACUGGCGGGCCUGCUACGAACGGAGCAUGGUGAAUUCUGGAUCGAGCCAUCCAACCAAAAACCCUCCGAUAACAAUGAAGCGAGACCGCAUGUUAUUUUCAGAAGAUCUGCGGUCGAUAAAGUGAAGGCGUAUCAUAGAGCUAAGAGAGAAACGCAAAGGACACAUUCCGAUAAUUCUAACAGCAGCCAUAGCAAAAACUCCCAACGUACGAAAACACACGAAACUUCGAGAAGUCAACUAGAGCACAAAAUGGCUGUGGAUCGCCGCCGAAGGGAAUACCUAGAAGCGAGGCGAAGACAGUUAGAAGCGAUGCGAAGAAACCCCACCGAAUACAGAAGACACCAAGCCAGAUUGCGCUUGGAGCAACGAAGGCUAGCGUCCAACUCGAGGAGUAUGUCGACAGAGAGUAAAUCCAUCGAACACAAUAUUGCAACAAGAAUAAAGAAUCGAAAAAACCAAAACAACGACCUUAGACCGCGUCGUAUAAAGAGCAGACGCAGGAGGCGCAAGCGAUCUAAGAACUGCGCGACGAAGCAACCUCCAUACCAAUGGAAGACGAAAAACUUGGAGAGCCAUGAAAUCGAGGCACAUAAAAGAAUGCAGUAUAAUAAGUACACGCAUAGAGGCAACCAUCGUCAGCACCCGAACAGCAGGGAGGCCGGACGGCGAUCGACGCGGUCGGUCAGCAAGCCGCGUCACGUUGAGGUGCUGCUGGUGGCAGACCGCUCCAUGACUGACUUCCACGACGCCAACAACCUGGAGACUUAUCUCCUCACUAUCAUGAACAUGGUAUCAUCCCUGUACAUGGAUCCUUCGAUCGGCAACUACAUAAAGGUUGUCGUUGUGAAGAUCAUAUUCGUUGAGGAGAUGGGAGCCGCCCCUGACCUGGAAGUGACCACUAAUGCAGACACCACGCUGCAGUCGUUCUGCCGGUGGCAGCAACAACUCAACCCUGACAGUGACGACAACCCACACCACCAUGACGUGGCCAUCUUGAUCACCAGGGAGGACAUAUGCAGUCAGCACGGCAACCCUUGUAGCACCCUCGGCGUGGCGCACGUCGCGGGGAUGUGCAAGCCGGACCGCAGUUGCUCCGUCAACGAGGACAACGGAAUCAUGCUCGCGCACACCAUUACGCACGAGCUGGGACACAAUUUCGGACUGUACCACGACACCGAGAAGAUCGGCUGCCACCGGCGCGAGGGGUCCACCCUGCACAUCAUGACGCCCAUCUUCGAGGCGGACACGGUGCAAGUCGCCUGGUCGCGCUGCAGCAAACGAGACGUCACCAACUUCUUAGAUGCUGGCAUGGGCGAAUGUUUGAGCGAUAGACCUUCUCAGGAAGAAUACUAUACCUACCCAGAAGUACCAGCGGGCGUGAUGUUUGACGCGGCAACUCAGUGCCACCUGCAGUUCGGCGCUGAGGCCGUGGUCUGCGCGAAGCCCAGCGAGCUGUGCGAGCACCUGUGGUGUCUCGUCAACAACACCUGCAAGACCAUGCUGCGGCCCGCCGCGCCUGGGACUACCUGCGGCCCUGAUAUGUGGUGUCAGAACCAGACAUGCGUGGCACGGACGCCUUCACCGGCACCCCGCGACGGCGGCUGGGGCCCGUGGAGCGAGUGGAGCGAGUGCUCGCGCACGUGUGGCGCCGGCGUGUCCACGCAGGCGCGCGAGUGCAACAACCCCGAGCCGUACAACAGCGGCAGCUACUGCAUCGGCGACCGGAGCCGAUACAAGAUCUGCAACACUGAUCCUUGUCCAAUCAACGAGCCGACUUUCAGAGAAGUGCAGUGCGCCCGGUACAACAACAAGACCUAUAAAAACGUCACUGUAGCUGAAUGGAUACCUUACUUCGACCAAGAUAGACCAUGCGAGCUGAAGUGCGUACCGCGAGACGACAGCGACUUAGAGCUGAUGUCGGCGGCGUUCGUGGCGGACGGCACGCCCUGCCGCCAGAGCCUCGGCGCGAGGGAUAUGUGCAUUGCUGGUGUUUGCUACAAAGUUGGCUGCGACUGGGUGGUAAACUCUGACGCAGAGGACGACGCGUGCGGCGUGUGCGGCGGCAACGGAUCAGCCUGCAAAACCGUGCAGGGCAUCUACAGCAAGGGCACCACCAAGCAGUCCGGCUUCAGUGAGGUAGUUGUUAUACCAGCCGGCUCCAGAAACGUCAGGAUUCAAGAGAAAGUUAGUCCAGGGAAUUACAUCUCAAUAGGUAGCGCGAAGUCAAGGAAGUUCUAUUUGAGUGGAGCACGAAAUACCACUUUGACCGAAUACUUCGUAGCGGGAGCUCAAGCGAUCUACGAACGCGACAGAGAUUGGGAAAAGGUCCGAAUCACAGGACCGAUUGAGGAAGAUAUUAAAGUUUACCAACGCAUAUUCCGGGGGCGAGCGCAUCGCAACCCUGGCGUGACGUACCAGUACACGGUGGACAGCGCGCGCAGGCGGCGCUACUCGUACCGCCUGUCCGACUGGUCGCCCUGCUCCGCCACCUGCGGCCGCGCGCGCGCCACGCGCCGCCUGCUGUGCGUCGACGAGCGCGAACAGGUGGUGGACCAGUCGCUGUGCUACCAGCUUGAGCCGCCGCGGCACGAAGCGCUGAUGCAGCAGUGCCGCGUACCCGCCUGCCCGCACUGGUGGGCCGCCGCCUGGGCGCCCUGCUCCCGCCCCUGCCACCCGCCUGGCGAAGAGGCGACGAAACAACGCAACGUCUACUGCGUCGACAAAGCGUCGAACGGAGUCGUGGACGAUUCGAAAUGUGACGCGGCCACCAAACCGAUCAGCAUUAUCAAAUGCGCAGACGUGCCGCCAUGCUAAAAGCUAUUUAUACGAUACUCCACGCGAUAAGGACAAGUUACCUAGGAUAUCAGUCCAAAUAUUUCAUGAGCCUUCAAGAGAAUGAAGCAAUGAUUUGUUGAUCCGACUCGAGAGCGGGCAAAAAAACUGGAUAUAUCCGAUUUUUUGUACAUAAAUCCCAAUCAUUAUUGUGUGCACAAUGACAACCAUGUGUCUGCACUUUGAUACUGAUUUUGAUACAAUUAUCACACAAACAUAAUGUUUGAAAUUAAUCAAGUGAACAAACUUUAGUGCAUAGUGUACCCUUUAGAUAGAACUAUUCAGGAAGUGUAUAACAGAAUGAAUUUACGACUGAGAACCGGUGAUUUGAGUUACGUUGUACUAUGACGAAUGAAGUACAUAACCCAUCGAAUAAACAUUAAGAGUAAUAUCUCGAAUAGCAUCGCUUUGUGGUGACGUGCGAAUCUCGCAAGGACACUAAACAGUUUUCUGCAAUUAUCACUUAUCUACUGCCAUAUUACAUAAGUGACGUCUAGUUAUACCUUAAUCUCCGCUUAGUUAUUAAUAACUACUAAUUAUAUUAUUCAGUAUUAAAGUGGUGUAUGUAAUUCUUGGAUAAUGCAGACUUAUGUGGAAGUGUUUAUAUAGGUACUCUACUUAUAAAAAAAAAUUGGACCAAAAAUAUUUUAGAAAUCAAAUUCACGUUGCCAUAAUCACGGUUACUGCCAAUAUGACACUUGUAUCAUACUAAGUUAUAAUUAUAUUAAAGUAAGUUUUAGGUUAAGUUAACAUUAUUAUAAUAAUUAAUAAAUAUAUACAGAUUAAUAAAAAUUAGGUAGGUAGGUACAUAAUGCGUUUGUAAAACAUUAACUUGUAAUUGUAACGCGUUUAGUAAACAAAACGGCUAGUCAAGUACGGAUGAAGAUUUUUAUUAACUCACAACAAAUAAUGUUUUAAUAUAAAUAUCAUUUGAUUCUUACAUAAAAAUUAGAAAUUAAAACUUCAGUUUAAAUAAGUUUUUGUACCUACUGCAUUUAACAAGGCAUAUAAAAAUAUGUAUGUUUCCCUAUUUUAUAAUAAACGUAUUAAAAUAUUACUUACACUAAUGUGCCUGUAACUUGAGACAGAAUGUUGAAAAAUAUAUUUAUGAUAGGUAUGUAUAAAUUAAACAUUCUGUGUAUAAUUAGGUACUUACCUUUGUACAUGUAACUAUGCAUAAUUUGAACUAUUUAGCUGAUAUGUCUAUUUAUCUCAAAUCCAUUGUUAAUUAUGCUUUUUUGUAAAUGAUAUGCCUAAAGAAAUUCACUAAUCUAAAAGAAUGUUACUAGAAAAAUAUCCACGCGGUCUAGGCAUCUGGGGUUUGAUUGAUCGCAUGGUUUUUUUUCUCGUAAAUUUUAUUUAGAUUUAUAAAUCAAGCAGUUAAAUCUUAGAUUAAAACAGGGAAGAUACGGCACUCGCGGUGAAAUCGUGGUACAUGACCAUAAUUUGCUUUAGUCACAAUUGGACAUUCAAACACGCUGCAUGUGCACUCAAUAUAAUAAUAUUGCGUAUAUUCAGUGUUUAAAAGAUAAAACAAUUCCUUCGAUGCUUUUAUAAAGAACAGAAAUAGUUCAAAGUCAAAAGAAAAAUGCCUCGGCAACACUUUUCAUUCGUAAAACUGUAAAAACUUUUUUUUGUCAAAAUUCACGGUUUGCCGUAAAUGUUUUGUACAUAAUCGCCAUUUUGUUAUCAAAAAAAAGGAUAACAAUACAGCUCAGCCGUACGGACUCCGAAACGAACUCGCCGUUUCGCUCGCGCUGUGUUGCAGCGUACAGUUCUGCCUCGCUCGCUCGGUUGAAUGUUUUUAUACACACGUGUGCGUGUGAGGUUGCUUAUGUAGUUGAGUCGGAUCAUAUUUUAUUUGAUGCUAGUAUGAGCGUACCGUAUCUUCCCCUUUUGUUUCAAUCUAAGAGUUAAAUGCUUAAAAUGUAAUAAACUGAAAUUCACCGAUGUUUCAGUUCUAAGAUGCAUCGAGUGACACAACUUGUCGAUCUAUUGAUACACAAUUAUAAUUUGAACUGUUGAGCUUUUGUACUAACUCGCUUGUUAUAAGUAUUAUCUUUAUAUUAAUUAAACUGGAAGUUGGGAGCAUCACACCGAUCGAUGUAGUAAUUACAAUUGUGUAUUUAAUUAGACAUGGCAAUAAAUCGUGGA